CAAUCAGUGACGUGGAUUUUCAUUGAGGCAGUCGGUGCUGCCAGAAAACACUAACUCUGCAACGUCUCACAGCUUUUCCUCAGACUUGCUUCACAUUUAAAAGCUGGACCGCUCGUUUUUCCGUCACUUGAACGCAGCUUUCCCGCAGCUUUGGUGAACAGACUCCAGGAUGAGUAAAAACAGCAAAGUGUUGAACCUGAGGGAUAAAAUCAGUGGGAACGAGGUGGACCUGAGCCUGUCGAACCUCACUGAGGUGCCAGUCAGAGAGCUGGCUUUAUUCCCCAAAGCCACUGUUGUGGAUUUGUCUUGUAACAACAUCAUCUCCCUUCCUCCAGAGUUCUGCAAUCUGACCCACUUGGUGAAGGUGGAUCUGAGUAAGAACCAGCUGAUCUGUUUGCCAGAUGAGCUGGGGAACCUGGUCAACCUCCAACAUCUGGAUCUGUACAACAACAAGCUGACUGUGCUGCCUGUCAGCUUCUCUCAGCUCCGGAGUCUGAAGUGGUUGGACCUGAAGGAUAACCCUCUGGAGGCUGGUUUGGCCAAAGCAGCAGGAGACUGUCUGGAUGAGAAGCAGUGCAAACAAUGCGCCUCAAAGGUCCUGCAGCACAUGAGAGCUCUUCAGGACGAGGUCGACCGAGCACGAGAGAAACGUCUCCUGAAGGAAAAAGAGCUGGAGAGGAAGAAGGAGGCGAAGCAGAGGGAGCGGGAGGCCAGAGAGAAGGAGGCUCGUAAACGGGAGAAGGCCGAGGAGAAGGAGAAGAGGAGGAAAGAGUACAACGCUCACAUGGCGGCUUUGGCUGCACAGGAGCAACAGAAGAAGAAGAACGAGGAGAAGAAGAAGAAGAACGGACAGGCGGCAGGAGAUAAAAAGGUUGUUGUGGAAUCAGCGCCCAAACCUCGCCGCUCUCUCAUUGGCCUGAUGUUCAAGCUCCUCCUCCUGCUGCUGCUGGGAUUGGUCGGAGUCGCCGCCGUCUGCCGGAUGACCGACCUGCAGAGAGAAGCCGUCUGUGUGCCGGUAAACGUCGCCGUGGACGACGGCCUAACCUGGGCCAAACGGCAGGAGGUGGUGGUCCGACAGCUGCUGCAAAAUCUGUCGUCUGCGGCAAAAGAGUUUCUGGAAUCCACACAAACGUCCAAGAACUAAAUCUGAGCUGCAGGUUUUCCACUCCCACCUGUUGAAUCCUGGGAGUUGAAAAGUCUGCAGAUGGACGAAGGGGGGCUGGACAGAUGUGUAAAAAGAAAAAAAAUCAUCUUAAAUUCCUAUGGAAUUGUUGUCGCUCUUUGUACUACAGCCUGUUUUUAAAAAAAUCAUCUUAAAUGCCUCCCUGUCGGCCAUGUUUUGCACUCUGCUGUUUUCUGGUGCGUUGCAUGGAGGUCAGGGGGUAUCUGAGGGUCGGUGGAACGUCAGGUGACCCUAUUUGUGCUGCACUGGAGCAUCGAGUCGCAUGUCGGCUGCCAGUCAGAGUUGUGCGUCUGCCGGUGUUAGAUGUGGCGAUCUGAGCAUGUGCAGUGAAGGCCGUGUGAAUGUGAAGCCCCUCAGUCUUUUACAGUCUAAUACUCGCUGUCUGGGAUGCAAACUAGAGCCCAACUGAUACAACAACAACAACAACAGGAAAUACGUCGGCUGUUUCAACUGUCAGGUUCAGAGUUUUGGAUUAUUCAUCUCUACACAAUGUUUCAAGAGGCUACUUGGUUUCCAGACAAAAUCCAAAACCAGCAGCUACGUUGAAGGAAAAAUACAAAGACAGCAGCAACAUUUCCAGAUUUGUUACCUGAAAUAUAGUAUGCGUUUUGUUGUUAAGGGGAUCUCAUUGACAGAAGUAGGCUGUGGUAUUAACUUCACUUUGAGCCAGAAUUCCUAAAUAUUCUGGGGCAAAAGGACCAGAUGUUGAUAUUGAACUGACGGUCCAAUGUCUGAGAUGCCUUUAUUCUGCAACCUGUUUUGUUGAAAAUCUGCCUUUACUGCACUGGGUCUUGUACAGCUUCGUCCGUGCUCAAACAUUGUCAGCAUCAUUAAAUGGCUAUGCACUGCAACAGA